AUGCGUCAAUUCUCUGGAGUAGACGGUGUCUGGCAGGUGCAGAAAAGCGACAUUUCAGGUUUGAGUAGUUUCAGGCACACCUAUUCUGCUCCACCUCGUGCCGCCACCCUGAAUGAGUCAGGUAUCAAAUUUUUAGUGGCAAUCACAGGAAGGAUUCCUGAGGAGAUCAACACAGAGACUGUAAGAGAGAGGCAAUUCAACAAGGAGAUCAGACGUCCAGCAGGAAAGAUGUCUUCUAUAUUCAAAAAAACAAAUGACUCUGACAUAGACAAAAAUAAAAGUGACAGAAGCCGAGUCCUUCAAGACAGCAAGAGGAAGACAGCUGUUCUUCAAGAUAACAGCUGGAUAAGGAAAAGACAAGACGAGGAGGUUGUAAAAGAUGAAAACUUUGGAAAGACUGUGCUUCACCGAUAUAAAUCUGAAGAUUCCCUUGGACAAAACAACAGUCCCCAGGCUGACGAAAGAGAUGGCUCAACUACAUCUGUGACAAAAUUAAUGAAAAGGUUUAGUUCCAGUGAACAGCUUCCUACUGGAAAAGACACAGAUGAUAAAUAUAAAAGGCAAUCUUCAAUGAAAGUAGAGGAACCAAAGAUGACAAUACUAACUUCUAACCCAUUUUCAUCUGGAUUGAAAACUACAGAGAUGGAGACAAAAACAAGCAUUUCUUCUAGAUCAGCUCCAGAUGGACAGAAUGCUUCUGUAAUGCCACAAGUGAAAUCUCCAGUCAGAUCCGACUCCACAGAAACCAAAAGGCUAUCACUGUACGCUUCAAAAUAUGACAACGCACCAAGAAAAUCAGAUGUGCAAUCACCUGGUUAUAGAGAUGAUUUGACAGAUGUGACAUCACCUACAGAGAAAUUUGACAAAGGAAAACCAGCUAUUUUGAGUCCUAAACCUUCAUCAGGAAACAUGGUGGCAGACCUUAAGGGAAAAUUCUCCAAUGGAACUGCAAGUACCCCAUCCACUACUAAAUCCAGUGAAAUUGCUCUGAAUAAGGCGAACUUGAAAGACGGAAAAGUGCCUCCAGUUUCCUCUGCUAAAACCAGUGAACUUAUUGAUGUAUCCAUGACCUCUCCAAGUUUGGAGAAGGGCAAUACUGGCUCUGUUUUAAAUACUAAAACAGUUGGUCCCGCUGUUCAGUCUGCAACCACAGAGAAGAGCACAAAAGGAACUUGGGAGCCAGUAAAAGCACCAGGCAGCAGAGAUGUGGACAUUGCAAAAUCAGAAUCUCCAUCUAAGCCUUCUUCAUCAUCAUCAUCUUUUUCUGUCAAAGACACUGAAUUUAUUAAACCAGAGAUUCCAGAAAAAUCACCAACUUCCACUAUAAUUUCUAAAGCCAGCGAUCAAACUUAUACAAAGUCGGAUUCUUCACCAAAGUCCUCUCCAUCAUCUUCAUCUUCAUCUUCUUUGGCCAGAGACCUGGAUUUUAUUAAACCUGAACCCCCAUCAAGGCCACCUGCAUCUUCCAAUUCUUCCUUGUCCAGAGAUCUGAAUUCUGCCAUGAGGGCCCAGGUGUCAUCCAUGUCCACGGCGAACAGCAAAUCUGGACCAAGCACAACAACUACCAUCCGAGAAAAUAAUUCAGGAAAUUUGGAUUCUUUCAGCAAAUCUGGACCAGGCACAGCAACUACCCUCCGGACAACUGAACACAUUUAUGACACAAAUACUCCGUCCUCUACUACAACUUCAUAUUCCAUCACCAGGAAGGGUGAACCAAGAGAAAAUAAUUCAGGAAAUUUGGAUUCUUUCAACAAAUCUGGACCAGGCACAGCAACUACCCUCCGAGAAAAUAAUUCAGGAAAUUUGGAUUCUUUCAGCAAAUCUGGACCAGGCACAGCAACUACCCUCCGGACAACUGAACACAUUUAUGACACAAAUACUCUGUCCUCUACUACAACUUCAUAUUCCAUCACCAGGAAGGGUGAACCAAGAGAAAAUAAUUCAGGAAAUUUGGAUUCUUUCAGCAAAUCUGGACCAGGCACAGCAACUACCCUCCGGACAACUGAACACAUUUAUGACACAAAUACUCCGUCCUCUACUACAACUUCAUAUUCCAUCACCAGGAAGGGUGAACCAAGAGAAAAUAAUUCAGGAAAUUUGGAUUCUUUCAGCAAAUCUGGACCAGGCACAGCAACUACCCUCCGGACAACUGAACACAUUUAUGACACAAAUACUCCGUCCUCUACUACAACUUCAUAUUCCAUCACCAGGAAGGGUGAACCAAGAAGUGAAUACAGUUAUGACUUCAUUGAUGGAGCAAGUCCUCACACAUCUUCAUAUUCCAGCAACAAGUUUGAUUCCAGCUUCAAUUUAAAUUCUAGUCCUCCAGAAACAUAUGUGUAUACGAAAACCUCCCUUGUGGAAAACAGCAAACCUCAAGUAAAUGUUAAUGAUAAUGUUUCAUCAUCAUCCAUUAAGACGGUAUAUUCUACUUCUGACAGAAACAUUAUCGAUAAGGACUUGUGUACUUAUUGCCGGAAACCACUUGGCAUCGAUCCAAAGAUGAUCCUCAAUGAGCUGCACAUCAAUUGCCAUGCAACCUGUUUUAAGUGUGAAGUAUGCAAUGCUUCCCUGGGAAAUUUGAAGGCAGGUGACAGCUUGUGGCUCUACAGACGGACCGUGCACUGUGAAAACUGCUUUGGAAUAACCAGAGAUAAAUGGCGCAUCUAGAAAUGAAGAAAGAAGUCUGUGUGAGGAACUGAACUGAAACAAGCGCUUCAUGGAACAAAACACUGCUUAUGGCUGCACUAGAGAAAAAUACGUUUAUUGGUGGUGGAAUAACUUUCAACUUACAGGUUCAAGGGUUUAAAUACCUAGUAGUGUGCAAAUAACGCAACAGA